GACAGCAAUGCAUAUAGUAUAUCUAGUAGACUACUUUCCUGUCAUAGCAGCAGAAUCUUCAUCCAUACCACAUCCUACACACCAUCCUGAUUACUCUGAUAACUACCUCAACUUACACUCAUUAAUCACUUUCUCGAGUCACUUACACCCAAGUAUUCAAUCAUGAACACAAUCAAUAUGACUACCCGUACCUACUUCGCGACAUACCCUCACGUCUGGAACGACCCUCGUCCGACUUUCACAACUCUCGAAUCUAUCGACGAGUCAGAUGAGUCGGACGAGGGAGGAGCCGACGAUGCUCCGACCCCGGAGCAUCACAAGAACAUGCUCCGGUCGGCCGCCAGGGCCGAAGCCAUCACCAAGGCCCUAUUCGAGCAGAUAUACGCUCCCGGCGCUCACGAGGUCGCAGCUCCAGGGUCCAAAGACUCCUCCGCCACUUGCACGCCUACCAGGCCCGGCUGCGUAGAAUGCAACACCAACAACACCGGCUGGACCUCCUUCAAAGACAUGGACCAAGAAGCCCGCACCCUCGCAGAAUAUGGCAUCCGCGAAGCCCGGGUAAAAUCCCGCCGAUCCCGCUUCCCCUACGACAACCCAGCCGAAGAGCCCCUCCCACGCAACGAACCCUGGAUCAAGAGAUUCUCCUACCUGGAAGACGGCAUCGAGGCCUCAAAGGGCUUCCAGCGACGCGCCGACAUCGUCGGCGGCCUUUCCGACGACGGGCAGAUCUCAGAGCUGGCUCUCCCGUCGCCUGCGCUGGCGCCGACGGCGUCUUCUCGGUUCGAGGAAGAGUUGAGGCGGUGGUCUCUGGGCAGCGCUGCGCUUGGGGACGGGUAUGAGCAUGAGCGUGAAAUCACUUCGGAGCGGCAUUAUUGCCUUUUCUGCCAUUCUGGUGGUGAUUCUGAGGGGGAGGGGUCGGAGUGUAGUCAGAGUGAUGAGGAGAUGAGGCGGGAGCUGGAGGUGGUGAAUUGGAAUAUUCAGCAGUGGAUUCGAGGCGUCAGUGAGUCCGACAUAGACGGCGAGACGGCCCCCUUAUCUGCUGCCGAUGGUUCCGCUACUCCGGCCGGACGGUGUGGGGGAGUGGUGGCUGGAGCGGAGACGGGGGGGAGAGGAUGGGAUUUGGAGGACGACGAAUGCUGCCCUUGGUCGGUCCUCGUUGCGGCUCUGGUGCUGAAUCUCACGGGCAUCGCUUUCCUGCUCGCGUGUAUCGCGCGCGGGCUCUGGGCAGAGUGGCAGUGAGGGUAUGGCUUGAGAAGGGACCAGUGGGAGUGCGAUAUGUGAAUGAAGACAUGACGACGACGACAACAUAACGAUGAUGAUAAUGAGGCUCUUGAGGCAUGAGCAAUGAGGCCUUAGUAAUGACAGGUACUUGCGUUGAGAAUUCCUGCUUAGAUUGCAUUAUAAUCUGGCUCUAGACGUGGAUCGAACAUUAAUCAAAUGAUG